AUGCAAUUUUUCGACAACUACCCAACCUCCUUAACAGUUGUAUUAUUAGAUGCCGUUAAAGCUUAUUUUGAGUAUGAAGUUUAUACUCUUUGUGGAAUUCCAAAAGUUACGCUUGAAGAAACCCUUGAAGAUUGGAUGAAACUUCAAGAAAAGGUCAUUAAUUUAAGAGAAUUAAAUUUAGAAUUAGAUUUUUGGUUAGAUCGUCUUGAACCUGUCCUUUGGAAUUUAGUUGCCACUUAUCAUGAUGAAAUUGAUCAUGAUUUUUGGGGUAGAAUUAUAAAGAUUGAUGAAGUACAUAGUUCUGGUGGUGGUACUCUUGUCUCUAGAUGGUUAAUGAACUUCUUUCCUUAUAAUCAAGCAGGAAGACCUUUAACAACUAAUAGUGUAAUAAGAAUUCAAAAUAUUCCAGAUAGCAUUGUUGGUGUUCUAUUUCUUUUAGAUGAGUUAAAAUCAAAAUUCAUGGCUGGAUUUAUUGGUGCUAAUCAAGAAAUUCUUGAAGGUUCUGAUAGUGAAUUUGUUGUUUCUCCUGUGAUUGGAUGGUCAAUUAUUGAUAACCCAAAUGACUCUGAUGAAUCUUCUGAGUAA